UAUUUUGGUUUUUUUUUCCAAAGUAAUCAAACAAUUUUUGUUUUGAAUAAACAAAAAAUCAACGGGAACUAAAAAUGGAGCCUUGCUAUAGUUUACCCUGUUCGUUCAUAAACCCUCGAGAGAGUUAGAGUGAGAUAGAAGGAGAGAGGAAGAAGUCAUGGAAGGGAGUUCGUACCAGCGAUUUCCAAAGGUGAAAAUCCGAGAACUCCGAGAUGAUUACGCCAAAUUCGAGCUCCGGGACACCGAUGCCAGCAUGGCCAACGCUCUCCGUCGCGUCAUGAUUGCCGAGGUUCCCACCAUUGCCAUUGAUUUGGUAGAAAUUGAAGUGAACUCCUCUGUUCUCAACGACGAGUUCAUUGCCCAUCGCCUCGGUCUCAUUCCCCUCACCAGCGAGCGUGCCAUGUCCAUGCGCUUCUCUCGCGACUGUGAUGCUUGCGAUGGUGAUGGCCAGUGUGAGUUUUGCUCUGUCGAGUUUCACCUUCGCGCCAAGUGCCACUCCGACCAAACCCUAGACGUCACCAGUAAGGAUCUCUAUAGUUCUGAUCACACUGUUGUCCCCGUUGAUUUCUCCGACUCUGCUGCAGCUACUGGUGAAGCGCUGGAUACCAAAGGAAUAAUCAUUGUGAAGCUACGUCGCGGUCAAGAGUUGAGGCUUAGAGCCAUAGCUAGGAAGGGCAUUGGUAAAGAUCACGCAAAAUGGUCGCCUGCAGCAACUGUGACAUUCAUGUAUGAGCCGAGCAUUCACAUCAAUGAAGACCUAAUGGAAACAUUAACUCUAGAGGAAAAAAGAACUUGGGUUGAAAGUUGUCCGACCAGAGUAUUUGAAUUGGAUCCGGUCACUCAUCAGGUUAUGGUGGUUGAACCUGAGGCAUACACUUAUGAUGAUGAGGUGAUUAAAAAAGCAGAAGCUAUGGGUAAAGCUGGAUUAGUGGAUAUUACGGCGAGAGAAGAUAGUUUUAUCUUCACAGUCGAAUCUACAGGUGCAAUCAAAGCUUCCCAGUUGAUACUCAAUGCCAUAGAUAUCCUGAAACAGAAGCUGGAUGCCGUCCGUCUUUCAGAUGAUACCGUAGAAGCAGAUGAUCAGUUUGGUGAGUUAGGUGCACAUAUGCGAGGUGGAUGAUCCAACACCAGGCUUACUCAUAUGAUAUGUUGUUCCUAGGAGGUGGGUGGAGGCUAACUUGAAUUUUGUUUUCGUGGAUAAUCUGGUUUUCUAUAUGAAUGAACCCUGUGGUUUAGUGCAGUUUUUCCUAGCUUCUGGAAAUGAUUAUAAUGUAGUAUCUUUGGCAUUGUUUGACACGGAUUCGUUAAGCAUCUUGAAAUUGGAACAAGAUGGUGAAAAAACAAUUUGUUGUUGGGUAUCUUUAGGGGUAGAAGAGUGACAUCAAACAUUUGCAUUGAAGUUCUUAGACAGUUGUUUUAAUCUAUUGUGCAUCAAAGUAAAAUUAAGCUUUUGCUCA